AUGUCCUACAUUGAUAACAGAUGUCCUCGUAUUGUUCCACUGCAGCACUCCAUAGUCACCAAUGCAGUUAGGGACCAUGGCCUCUCUUGCGUCUGGACAGUUGAAUAUGCUCUUGAUUUGUUGCUUGUUGGUGGACUAAUUCCAGAAGCUGUGUGGCUAGCACAUGAACUUGGAGACUGGAAAAUGGCCGUUUCAAUUGGGGUGGUUUACAAUCUGUAUUGUCAGAGCAACAAUGGCUUCCCAAGGUCACAAAAAGUAGAACUCUGUAUGCCAUUGCACUUAACUCCAACACAAAUCUUUCAAGAAAAACUACAAUCUUUUUUGGGCCAGCCUGUCAACAGUGAAACAUCAAAUGAAGGAGACCCUACAUACAAACAACUCACAGAUCCUAUUGAAGAGGAAGAUGCAAAUGUGAUUUUUAAUUCAGUAGAAGAAAUACUGAAAGCAGCUGUUAUGGCAGAAACAAACAUUCUUUCAGAGACACUUCAACUUUUGAUGGACUCUGCCAAGGACCUUAGUAGAAAGUUCCAGGGUUUGGUGCCUGAUGGCUUGUAUCUUCCUGCACCACCCUUAUAUUGUCCUCAACCAUCAUUUCCUAGUGAAGAAGAACACGUUGAUUUAGCAUUAAGAAUGGAGAGAGAUUGUCGGCAGAAGGUGUCUGGAGUUGUUCAGCGAAUUCUUCUACUUUUUCGGGCUGCUCAUUGUUCUUUUCCUGCUGCUCAGUGGUAUAUUGUGCAGCUGAAAAGGGCACGAAAAAUAAUGCAAAAGAUUCGCGAGAAAGGUGCUCUUCCGUCAUUAAGUGCCCUUCCAGAAAAUUUGCUUAAUUAUUCUAGAUGUCAUACAGUUUUCUUAAGGCCUACAUCUUCUGGUGAUCAUGGACUUGAUGAUGUUUCAUGUAAAACUAUAGGAUGCUUUAGAGAACUGUGUGCAUUGUGUUGGAUGUUUCAUGUUCGUGAAAGAUUAUCUGACAGUUGUAGACGGUACCAAACUGCAAGAGAGAGUUUGGAAUAUCACAAGGAAUCCAUGACUGAAUUUGAUGCCUGUAUAGUUGAACAUGCGCUCAAUGCACUGGAGUGGGCUUGCCGAAUGCUCCCUUUUGCUAGGUUCCUGAAUGUUGAAGAACUUCUCCAGGAUAUCAUUUUGAGCCUUACUGGAGAAUUGCCACCAACCAAAAAGGUGGCAGAAAUUUUGGUGAAAGCAUUUCCUAACUCUGAAGAUGUAAGAGUCCCAUUAAGGGAUAAAUAUAAUGCUCUGCAUCAGCGACUUAGACACAACUUAGUCAAAGGUCCCAACAGUGAAGAAAUGAUGUCUGUUGUUAUGCAGGCUGCUCACAAAGUGAAUUUAAAAACAUUAAAGCGUGUGAUAAGGAACAUAGGGCCCCAUCAAAGAAGCAUCUGGGAGCCACCAGAAGAAGAGCCACCAGAUCCUGGAGCUUACUGCUAUGAUAGAUUUUCUUUGGGGACUAGUCUAAGCAGAAGCACAAUUUCAGAUAUGGGAAACCCUCAGGUUUACAGUGAUGCUGAAACAGCAGACUCACUAUCUGACGCUUUGCUAAAGGAAGAAACAAGAAAACAUGUUCCUUCUCAGAUGCAAGAACAUCACAAGGAAGUUUCCAACUAUGCAGGAGAAUUGACUGGAUAUGAUAGAACUACUGAAAAGCUAAAAGAAGUCAACAGGGAAAGGAAAAGUGUCAUAAAUGAGAAUAAUAAAGACUUUCCCAACCAGUCUGUUUUGCCUCUGGUUGGUGAGUGGGAAUGUGAACGUGAUGAUGAUGAAUACAUUAAGUUUUUAGACCUCUUUUUAACUUACAUGCUUGAAAGAGAUCUCAUCGCUCGUAAAGACUCUAGGAUUCCUUUUCUGAUGAGCUUUUCAGUGGUCCUUAGGGAACAUGAACUCAACUCUCUCCUUUUUGAUGUUCAUACAACACUGAAACGUCGAAAGAUCAGAACUAAAGGCCAAUAUUUUUUUAAGGCUGGUUCUUGCUACACCCUUGUUUUUGAGUCCAAUGAUUCUAAACUAGCUCCUUUGUGUGAUGAAAAGAAAAAAGUUUCUAAUAAACAAACAGUGCCUAAGACUUCUGUCAAUGACUCAGUGAUGAGACUAGCUGUAAGAAGAGGACUGUUUGGUCUAAGCCAGCAGUCAAUUUAUGGUACACAAGAUUCCAAUAAAGCAAAAACACUUAUACCAGUAUUAACUCAGCGUUUGUCUGAACAAACGUCUUUCCCCAAAAAAGCUCCAGUUCAUAAAUAUAUCUACAAAGCUGUUCAGAUGAAUGAUGUUAUACAAAGAGAGGAACCAACUCCAGACAUGAACUUUAAAUUUAACAACGUAGCUCGGUUGCUUGAAUGGAUGAUCAGAUGGUCUGAUAGGAGAUUGCUUUAUGAUUCUAUCUCAACAAAGCUGUUUCAGGAAUGUCGACCAAUGAUACAUGUAAAAACAUCUGCAUCUGCGAUACUUGCAUCAUUGUGGCUUUUAGAACAAUAUUACAGCAAUGAAUCACAAGACCAAAAGAUACCACACAAACAGGAUGCAAAUACUUCGGCUAUUGGAUUCAAAUUAGAGAAAGAUGGCAGUGCGGAUACAGGCUAUUCUCCAUCCAUUGGGACCCCAGUUGAUAUCCAAGAUGGGCUGUCCUAUGGUGAACCUUUUGAAAGUGUUCCAGGAACCUUGCAUGAAAAGCAGUCUGAGAAGAAAGAAAUUAAUUUCAAGGGUCAUUCUGUGACACAUAGCGUAGAAAUUGAAGGAACAGAUUUUGAUGAAGGUCUGACAGAAGAAAUGGGAUGUUCUAUACCAAAUGAAGGUGAUGUGAUAUCCGAAAAUGAAGAGCACUGUGAAGAUCCAUUUGAAGCUUCUGGGAGUCCUACAAUUUCUGUCAGCAUUAAAUCAGUACUAUGGAAAAAAGAGCAGCUCUCCUUAUCAGAUGUUAAAUCUCCACAGGAAGAUCCAUUGAUGAAAACAUUGGAGGGAAAAUUUACCAAGCUGGAUGAUACAAAAUGUGAGACAACUCCCAGUAAUAUUCCUUGUACAUUCUUCCCUGAAAUGAAGGCAGAAACUACUAGCAUAGAGCACGGUGGCUCAGAUGAUCAGCCUUCUUUCACUGUUGUGUCGAGUGUUCUUUCAAGUAAUCCUGUUGCUCCAAAGAAAGAAGAGGUUGAUGCCAGAGUGACAGAACAACCACUGAACACUUCAGAUGCUGUUAGGCAAAUGCUCCAAGAUGAAAUGUUUAAACUGGUUCAGUUGCAGCAAAUAAACUUUAUGAGUCUCAUGCAAGUAGUGGGAUCAUCAUUUGCCAACCUGCCAAAUAUAUCACAGCAGAUGCAGCGGUCACAGUCCUUUCAGCUGGGAAGAAGCCAGGCUUCAAAUGGAGGGAUCAAUGUUGAUAGGCCUCCCCCCCAACUUCCUGCAGAUGACUUUCCAGUAAAACAGAUGCCAAUUCUAGAAAACAGUUCUAAUGUUAAUAAGAAAAACACCAGUCCUCAGGAAGAAAUCAGCUUAGAUGAUCAAAGCCAUGAUGGAAAUAUUCUAAAUCCUCUGCACAUCGAUGAUUUUUCAAGCUUACCAGAGAGCCAGUCCACUGAAACAAGGCUGAUUCCACCAUUUCAAAACUUGCUUCAUCAUGUUCCAGCCAGACCAUUACCUCUGUUGUCUGCUUCCCUAAAUGCUGAGAAGAAACCUAAGCUUAUUCCAGUGGCAAAAUCCUCAAGUAAUGCAAAUGGGCUUCCUUUGCUUAAACUUAAACCUGACUAUCAGUUCCAGCCACUCAAUAUUUGCCACAUGAAACCCUCCAAAGUUUUCAUUGGACCAUUCCCACAACAAAGAGAAGCCUGGGGUGCACAUCCUUCUCUGAUGAAGAAUCCUCAAGGUAUGCAGAUACCAGAGCACAAAAAUGGGGAAACAGAACACCUAAAUUUGAACAACUAUGAUCAUAAAGUUAUAAGGCAAGCACAAGAGCAGGUGAACCAUUGGUCACAAACUCUAAAUAAGGUUUCUUCCAGCCAUCGUCAUCUGGAUGAAUAUGAAAAAAAGGAAAACAUGGAACCUUCACAACACCUUCAUGUACAUCUAAAGGCAGAGAAACCACUGGUUGAUAAUGAGAUUCCCUUGCAAAAAAUGUAUGAAAAUUUUUCUCAAAUUCCCCUGCUGUAUCUGAAGCCCUGCUCACAGUCCAAACACCCAUCGUCUAUAAUACCUGUUGAACUUAUGGGAAAGAACAAUGAUUCCAUAGACCCUUUUUGGCAGACAGGAAUACCACUGCUUUACACUAAUUUACCUCCACUCACCAAGUUUCAAAUACCGAAACUCAUCCCACUUCAAAAUCUCGUUGCAUUUGAGCACAGCCGCCAAGUUGCCAAAAUCCCGCUCAUUGGGAUUCAAGACCAUCCUGAACAGAUUCAGUUAUUAAAAACUAACAUUAAACCACUUGAAACAAGACAAGAUAUGAAUAAUAAAAAAAGGCAGAGGAGGCGUGUCAAGAAACAGAUCAAGGAGAAAGAAAGGAAGAAAGCAACUGUGACUUUUCAACAAGAUGCUUCUUUUGUUUCAGCUGAUACUAUAGAGCAAACAAAGGAUAAUCAAACAGAAUUCAUCUAUGACCUCCAUGAUGGUGGCUCCUUAUUCAACCCAGGAGCAGUUGUUUCCUCAGCAGAACUACAUUACUUGGCUUCUGUAAGGAAAAGAACUACAGAUCUUCAAGAUGCUAGCACAAAUACAGAUUCUGUUCUUAAAUCACAUCAGGAUAUACAAACUAUCUCAGAAGAAAUUGUUUCUGAACCUGAUAAAAAUCAACCAAGCAUCUCUGCUUCUCCGUCUGUAACAGUUGUUAAAUCUCAUAAGAAUGUGCAAACUGUCUCAGAAGAAAUAGUUUCUGAACCUGGUAAAAACCAACCAAUCAUCUCUGCUUCUGCAUCUUUAACAGGAUUGUUAUGUUCAGGUGUUCCUCAAACCUUGCCACCAGAUCUGUGCUUGAACCUUAGAUUCCCUACUGAAGCAGGAGAGACUCCUUUACAAUCCUCAUAUGAUGAUGCAUCUGAUUUGAUUGGACGAAAGUAUAUCAAUGUGAUUGAUAUAGAAAAUGGUGAUCUUUUGAAAAACUUGCCAAAUAUUUUUGAGUCUAGUCCAAAACACACUGCCAUGCAGCCUAUGACAGCUGAACUCCCAACUUAUGCAAAGCUGCAUCAUAUGGCAGCAACUGCUACUAAUGCAAUUCCACCUGAAGAAUUCGAAAGAGAAGGAGGUACUCUUCAAACUGAAUCUCCACAAGUGCCACAUGAGAUGGUAGAGACAGAAGUUGCUGGUGAUCAUGUAACGUUGAACCUCCUUCAUGAGGAUUUCAGCAAGAGCUCCUCCCCAGGAUUAUUAGACAGAAAAAUUACCAGACAACACUUUUCUUCCAAGCUACAGGAAAUGGAUAGACAGCUAUUGGUCCUACAGAAAGUGGCAGAAAGAAUGGAAAAAGAAUUUAGCAAUACUAAAUUGGUUGUGGAAGCAGUAGAAGAUUUAGGUAUGGUAGCUCAUCCAGGAGAGGAUGACAUUUCAUUCUUCGCCCCAGCUGUUAAGGUCUCCAAAGAAGAGCGUUAUUCAACCCGUGUGAUUGUGGAGAAUUUUACAGAGGAGGAAAAGAGUUUAGGAAAUGAAUCUUUUCAGACUAAUUACAUUGCCUUGCAAACACCCUCUAUUUCUCCUUCAGCAUCAGCUUCUAAUCUUCCCGGGGUCAAAAAGUCAUCUUCUGAUAUUAAUUUUAGAAUAGAAGACUUGGAUGAGAGUUUUUCAGAAGAUCCUCUGCAGAUCACUGGCUUGAGUGGGGUUUCUGACAUCAUUGCUGAUCUUAUAUUAGAGGCUGGCAUUUCUGCUUCAGAACUGGGCCUCACAAAAACACAAGCUAAAAAAAUCUCGAGCCUCUCAAGUGUAGCGAGUGGACAUAUGCAUAAAACAGAGAAGGAUAAAAAAGAAUUACAUACUUGGAUGAAAAGAAAGCGAAAGGAAAGACUAGCUGAAUAUCUGCAAACGCUGGCUGAACAAAGGGCAAAAGAACAUGAUCCAUUUCAUUUGAGGGGGGAAAUGCCACUUGGAACUACAGCACAAAAUAUUAAAUUACAGCAGAAAAAGAAAUGUGAAAAAGAUAAAGCCUUGUUAUCUGAGCAUCACAACGUUAGAGUCUCUGAAGCCCUCACCCUGAUGCAUGAGCUGUUGUCUGACACAGUGCAACUUCCUUUAAGUGAAUACAAACCAUUAUGUAAAACAAGAUCACCUCAUGAUUUCAAGCGGCCACAUAUCACUUCUGCUGGAGGAAGUUACCUGGCUUCAAGGAAGAAGGCUUCUGACAAAGUUGGUUUGGGUCAGACAAGAUCAUAUUCUACUCUGUCUUGUGACAUAACUCUGAGGAAAGGACGACUAUGCCAGGCUCCUUACAGAAGAAAGGCAUCAGAAUCCCGUCAAGGGGAAAUGUGGUGGAAAAUCAGAAGACAGCAGAAGCAAUGGUCAAGUCCGAGGCUUCAUUUAAGAAGUCAAGCUUCUGACCUGACAAGAAAGGCAAUGUGUCAGAGAAAGCUCCAAGCCACUGACACAGUGACUCAUAUCAGUGGGGAGAGUGAAGAAGAUGCCGUGAGUGUUUGGAGCAUUCCCGAUGAGAUCCAACGGAUAUUGUAUAGCAAUUCUAAUUCCCACUUCAAGAUGUAUGGGAUGGGGGCUGAAGAUGAGUCCUAUGGAAGGCAGAAUCAAGUUUGGUCAAAUAGGAGUCUUUGCCUCAUGAAGAUGAAUGUUCCAUUGUCAGCCUUAACAACAUGGACAGCGUAUCUGAAAGUACCAGCAGCAUCCUUAGCAAGCUUGACUGGAAUGCAGUGGAGGCUAUGGUAGCAAAUGUGGAAGAAAAAUGAAACCAGAAUUUCUGGGCUGCUUUGCCCUUUAAAAGGAAAGUAGGCUUACUUGGGGCAGUAACUUACAGUGACAUUGCAAGAAAAUGUACAGCUGAGCUUACAUCAGGGACUAUCAUAGCUUUAUUAUGUGGUGGAAUUUCAAGCAAAUAACACUUCUUUUCAAAUCGAUAAACUAAGAUAAAUAUAUAAAAGCCGAAAACCAUAGAAUUUUGCAGACAGGGACAAUUCCACAUAAAUAUGUUUAAUAAAUCUGGCAAAGAAGAUUGUAGAUUCAUUAUAUCUGAAAGCAAUAGUGCAAUUAAAACAAGAUUUAAAUAGCACCUGUGAUUAAAAAGAUAAUUCAUA